GCAAAUUUGAACAGCCAUCACUGCAACAAUAAACGCGCACUUUCACUUCACGUCCCCAGCUAACGGAGGAGUCCAAGCUGAAAGCGGCAGAAUGGCGGAGAAGAAAAUCCCGUUGGUCGAGCUCAAACAAGAAGCUGAUGUGAGCAACAACGAGGGAACGAGUGUCGACGUGUCCGUAAACACUCCGGUUAAAAGGAAACGAGGAAGGCCAAAAAGCUCUAAGAAGUCCAAUGUUUGUGUUACAGCCAUUCACCCGACUGCGCUGGUUUCGGCUAAGUCCAACGGCGAGUCUACGCCGCCUCCCAGAGGAAGAGGACGCCCAAGACUCUCUGACACCAAACGAACAGAGCAGCAAGAAGGAGGACGACAAAAGGCGUCUGCUACGGUUCAGAAGGCUGCCGCUGACAACUUCCUGAACGGCUGUUCAGUUAAGCGUAAAAGAGGACGGCCGAAAGGAACGAUAAAGCGCAAGUUGGAAAGUUUAAAGAGUGGCAAGGAAGAAGAAGGCAGCUCUGUAACGCCUCGGAAAAGAGGCCGACCAAAAAAGUCCCUCGGUAAGGAGCCAAAGCUGGAAAAAGCUGUGAACAGCGAGAGGGAUGGAAGACUCCAUGAAAGACGAAAUUUAGUGAAAAGAGAAAGAGGACGGCCAAGGAAGGUACAGGUGAAAUGUACAGAGGAGGCAUCGAGUGACGUUUCAGUAGGACGGCCUCAAAAAGAACCUGAUGUCCCUGUAACAGGGAAGCAGCGUGGUCGACCACGACUGCAACCGGCCAAAAGGGGAAGACCAAGGAAAUACCCUCUGCCGUCACCCGAUGAGCCAAAGAAGCCAAAAGUGUGGAAGCCGCUGGGAAGGCCGAGGAAAUAUCCUCGUGCUGAAACUCCGGAGAAGGCUGCACCGGCCCCUCGAAGAAGCCGCGGUCGGCCCUGCAAGUCCGAGUCAAAGAAAGGCGCUCACUUGCGCAGGAAGGCCCCGUCUGCUUUAUCCACGCCACGCGCCGGUCCGCCUCAGAGGAAAAGGGGCCGUCCAGCGGCUACUGCAAAAGGUGAAAGCGAUGUCCCGCGGAAAAGGGGCCGCCCCAAAGGCUCGGUGAACAAAAACAAAGCAAGAAGUGAAACGCAUCUUAACAGCGUGCGCCCAAAUCACUCGAAGGCAGAGAGCGAGUUGCCUGCUGCCGGGGUGGAGAGGGAAGCCGAGGCGCAGCUCGAUACGGAGAUGAGUCCCGUCUGA